AUGAAGUUGGCGAAGUCAAUCCAAAAGGCUAGUGCUUUAGAGACGCACUUCCAGAACAGACACCCGUUCCACUUGAUGUACAAAGAUGUCUUGGACGAAGUCGAAGAAGCCAGGGGCCACUUCGACCUUGCGAAUGUGUGGAGCCAUUUGGCGCCUGCAGGGAAUAUCUAUCGGCUCAAUGGCUUGCACCAGAUGAGACUGGCCCACUGUGCCGACCUGCAAUCCCAGCUGCGAGACGUGGCAGAGGAGCGCGCGGAGCUUCUGGGGCGAGACCGCUCUUUAGAAGAACGUUGCGACUUGCUACUCCAGGCUCUGAAGACAACCAAGGUGGGCCUCGCUCUUGGAAAGACCCAGAAGGAUACAGAGCUGGGCUGGGACGACCAGGUUCUGCAGACCGAUGGCUUUCCUGUCUUGGAGGAGUUUCUCGCGGAAAAAGUGGGUGGCUGGCCAAUCGUAGCUCCACUGACACCGUCCUCAUGGGAGUCAUGGUGGAGUGCCCAACUGGUUGGUUGGAUUGUAGCGCUGGUGCAAACCAUUGGGCCAGUUCUGGUGGUCCUGGGCCUAUGGGAGGGGAAUACCAACUAUUUGCAUGAUCCUGUAUCAACUUGGCAGCGCUUGUCUGUCAGCAGCAUCCUUUGCCCAAACCGACCGCUAUCAGAUUGGUGCACGAUCUUGAUGGGAGUCAUGUUCUCUUUUUUCGUCGUGGUACAGCUCCUCAACUACGCCGCCUCUGAACUGGAGGAUGUGUGGAAGUAUGGCCGCCUAGCUGGCUGCACCUCUUUCUGGUCCAUAGUAGGUGGUUACAUCAACGCCUGGUGUGUGCUGUGGAACAUUGUGGCCUUGCCUUUGUCCUUCUGGCGAAUGGAGCGUGCUACAGAUGUGAUCUUGGGCUCUUGGGGCCUUCUCUUCAUGUUCAAUUUGGACGACCUCACCGGCAUUGCCGGGCAAGUCCUGGGGAGCAAUGACCUGGAAUUUCAGCGCAGCCUUUGCUGGACCUAUGCAUUGCUCUCACAGUGCCCCGUGGAGCUCAAAGAUGUGGUCAACCCAGAGGCGCAGAACGUGGAGGAGCUUUGGAGCUUCACCCUGACAGAUGAAUCGAUUCGGUCCACCCGAUGUGAAGAUCAAUCCAAUGCACCGACCAGAGUCGCAGCUUCUGAGAAGACGCCAUUGCUGGCAAAAGCUGCUGAGAAUCGAGUGCCAUCAAUGGACAAUAUGCGGGCAGUCAUGAGAUUCUCAGCGCGUGGCUACAACUAUCACCUGCCCAGCAACAACACAACCAUGCUGGCCUCUAUUUGGCAACUGAUCGUUUAUUGGUUGCGGCUCAUGCAGGUUUUGCUGCCCCUGUUCUUCUUCAUUGUGAACAAGCCUUGCCCAGCAGAUGGCCAUCCUAAGUCAUGA